UUCUACAUUCCUUCCCUUCGUUGAGAUUUAUUGCGUCUCUUGCUGGAGUAAUUAUGCUUCUAAUUCUUUCUGAGCAGCAAAAAGAACAUUUGAAGUUCUUGACAUCUUUGGAACUCGAUAUAGUCCUUGAGUUUGCCCGAAUAUCCCUGGAUUCUAUUCUCAAAGGCUCUUCGAAUCCCAAAAUCUUCCAAGCGGCUGCUCAAAAGCUCGGCGUUGAGGUGGACACGGUGAAAAAUGGAAUUAGUGGUUUGCAAAAUGUCUUCACAGAGAGUUCUCGCUUGAUGGUUGGUCAAAUUGACUUUCAGGAUUCCAUUAUGACACUUGGUUUCUCCGAAGAAAUGAUCGGUGCUUUGUUGAAGAUGUAUUUGGAAAAUCGCAAAGAAAUUAGGAACAUCUUGGGAGAGAUGAGCUUGCGAACCGCACAUUACCACGAUCUGGAAUGGAGAUUUGAUGUAGAGCUUGCCAGCAGGUCACUGCAGCAUCAGACAAACCCUGUGAUCAUUAUGAGGUUACAUACAAAACGGGGAGAGAAGAAGUCCGCAGACAUACUUCAAACUGAUCCAGUGAACUUGAUUCAUCUUACUUCAGAGUUGGAAAACGCAAUGCAGGAAAUGAAAACUGCUCACUGCCGAAGAAUUGUUCGAAAUAUAAAAUGAACUACUGAAAUGAAUUGAUAGCCAGCCCAAAAGACCCAUGCUUUUAUUCUCGUACUCAAUUCCAGGGAAUGCCUCCCUUCAAGGGUUGGGAUGUGUGGGAAGAGGGGAAGGCUGUUUCUAAAUACACCUGCACAAGUAUGCUCACCCCUAACUGCCUUCAGAAAACUAAGCAGUGUCCACAAAUUUCUCUGUGGGCUAGUGGUAACCACUUGGGAUUAACUCCAAAUGAUAUCCUUGAAAAUUUGUUAUUCUUUUAACCUGUUUACUUAGCAGUGAAUUAAAAUUUGAAUGAAGAUUUA